AGCUCAGGAAGCACGCACAAACAUGGCCGAAGAAAAGAAACGUAUCGUGGCCUUUUUAGGUCCAGAGGGCAGCUAUACACAUCAGGCCGCCCUAGACGCCUUCCCCCCAACCUCACCAACAACCCCCGUAACCCUCACCCCCUCCAUAACAAUCGAAGACGUCUUCUACGCCGUCCAAUCCGGCACCGCAUACCGAGGCGUCGUGCCCUUUGAAAACAGCUCAAACGGCAGCGUAGUCUUCACCCUCGACCUCUUCGCCGACCUCGACAACAAGUAUCCUGAUAUCCUCGUCACGGGAGAGGCGUAUGUAGCUGUUAAGCACUGUUUAUUGGGGUAUUCAAACACUUCAAGGACUACGAACCAGGACGGCAAAAACGGGAACGACUUCUCGCACAUCAAGAAACUCUACUCCCACCCCCAAGCCUGGGGCCAAUGCAAGGACUUUCUGGCCAAGUACCUCAAGACGGCUGAACGGCAUGACGUGAGUUCUACGAGCAAAGCGGCGGAAAUCGCGAGUGGAGAUAAAACUGGAGAGUCUGCUGCAUUAUCUAGUGAAAUCGCUGCGGAGCUCUUCAGAUUGGAUGUGCUUGCGAAGGAGAUCAACGAUAAGAAGGGGAAUAGUACUAGGUUUUUCGUUAUACGCCGGAAGGAUGCCGAUGAUGAGGAUGGGAAUGCGAAAACAACCCCUUCGACCACCAUAACUCCAACAUCGGUCUCAGACGGAGACGACGCAAACAAGUGGAAAUCACUCAUAACCUUCACCAUCGAGCAUUCCAAUCCAGGCGCAUUGGCGAAUUGCCUGACGGUCUUCUCGCGCCAUGGCAUCAAUCUGACGAGUAUAAAUACGCGGCCGAGCGGAGUGCGGAAUUGGCAUUAUGUUUUCUUUGUUGAGUUCAAAGGGAGAAAGACGGAUACUGAUAUAGGUGAUGUAGAUAAAGCGCUUGGAGAGCUGGACAAGGUGUGUAGGGGGUGGAGGUGGUUGGGGAGUUGGGAGAAUAGGUUGGGUGAUGAGGGCGAGGGCGAGGAUUAA